AGAAGAAAUUUAUCUCUCCCUCUAGAUGACACUGGUGAAAAGAAAAUGCUUUACCGUUUCCAAAAGUAACUUUUGGCCGAUAAUCUCUGUUUGACCGCGAAGAGCAGUUUUUAAUUCAUUCCAAUGAACAAAGAAUGGGUUUUGGUUUUCUAUGAUACUUUCCUGUGUCUGUUUCGUUCAAUGCCUCCAUUGUGUUCACGGACGCCUUUAUAAUUUUCUUUACUUUCAACUUCCUUUCCACCAACCUUCAAACACCGCAAAACAGAAUUUUAGUGGAUUGAUGGAUAAGUCAGAAGACUUUCCAGUUCUUGAUGCUGAAGGAGAUGCAAGGAAAGAAAAUUUGGUUGAUCCUUGCUGUUCUUCAUCUUCUGAUUGCCAGGGUUAUCGGUUAUUUGGUCGCCAAAGGUCGUUGUGGCAGAUAAUGGGAGGAGGCAAAGCUGCUGAUGUUAUCAUGUGGAAGCGGCAGCAUGUUUCGUUUGGUGUCAUUGUUGUUGCCACAGUUGCAUGGCUACUGUUUGAGUACUCCGGAUUGUCAUUCUUGUCAAUUUUUUCAGACGUUUUUCUGAUUAUAAUUGUAAUCCAGUUUAUUCGCUCCAACUUUGCUGUUUUCCAAAAUAAGCAACUUCAACCAUUACCAGAGCUAGUCUUGUCGGAGGAAAUGGUUAAUAGUGCUGCGGCAUCAUUUCGUGUUAAAAUCAACUAUUUACUGCUCAUGGCACAUGAUAUCACGCUUGGCAAAGAUUUCAGCCUCUUUUUUAAGGUUGUGGUUUGUUUGUGGUUCUUGUCAGUUAUUGGUAGUUAUUUCUCAUUCUUCACACUGGCAUAUAUUGGAACCAUAAUCUCAGUAACACUUCCUGCUUUGUACAAUAAAUAUGAAGAGCAUGUGGAUAAAUAUGCCGGUUUGGUCCACCAGAAAUUUGCAAAGCACUAUAAAAUAGUGGAUGAAAAUGUUAUAAGCAGAUUACCUCAGAGUUUACGAAAGGACAAAGAUACUUGAGUUACAACUGGCUGGUAGGUUGUUUGAUCAAAGGAGACAACUACACUGAUUGUUAGUGUUAGGGAGGGCUUGCUGGCCUCGCCGUGGAUAGCUGGAGUAGAUUUUGGUGGACAUUGUGCAGCUUGGGCCUCCUACAUUUUCGGCCGUACAGUUGAGGCGUUUUCUUUCACAUGUACAAAAUACCAUAUUGGAAAGGGGUAAUGUCCAUUUGAAGUUUGACAAGGUCCCACUGCACCCCCUCAUGCUUGCCCAGCCAAGAGUAUAUGCUGGUAAAUCUACUCGGCAUUCAUUUGGUGAGAAACUGUCAUCCAUGUAACUGGAACAUUUUACAUCUCUCAAACUCAUCACUGUUGACCCUUUCCCUGAACAAAACACAUUAUCUUAGGAGUCAACAAAUCUUGUGCUCUUUCUUUUAGAAUAUAUGCCAGUUCUUUAUGACCAAAAGAGUGAUAUAUUGGAACAUCCAUGAUCAUCUGAGUUUCAUUAUUUUGGACAUGAGAAAGAUGAUGCAGAUCAGAUCACUUUCUAUUAGAUCUGUAGAUCUGCUGUUAUUUUUGAAAAGCCAUGAUCAUCCAAUUAGCUUGGUUCUUGUGGACUAAGGAAAUAUUACAUGACAUAGAAGAUCACUUUCUUGCAAGA